UUAAAAAGUAAAAAGAGUGGUGACAGUAGCGUAUACAUGUGUGUUUCUCUUUUUUCAAAAAGAAAGAAAUAAACAUAAAAAAAUUGGCAAACAAAAAAUGCAAUUUUUAUUUACUUAACAUAUCUGAUAAACAAAUAAAAAUGAUUAAAUAAAACUAAAAAAAGGAUAUAAGUGUACGAGAGAAAAAAUCUGGUACUUGUGCGAAUCGAAAACAUGAGAAAAGCCAUAUAAAGACACUCACGGUCAUGACCAGCACAACGAGCAACUGCGCCUUAAGAUCCCCUUUAUAAAAUAAGGAAACCAAAUUUCCGCCCAAAGCAGAAAACAAAAAGAGUUUAAGAGUUAAAAAAAAGUUAUUAUCUGACCAUCAGGAUUAGAAUAAAAUGGACUUGAACGAAAAGCGGGUUAUGGGACGAACGUCAACAACAAUUUGUGCGACAAUUCCAGCUUCAGAAAGAAGCGAACUCUUGUGCAAAAGUUACUGUACGAAUAAUGUUAACGAAUGCAAAUGGUGGCAUUCAGGAGAAGGAAGGGAAAAUGAUUGGAUUUCUAACAUGAAGCAACAAUCAGAUGGCCGACAAAUAAAUCAAAUAUACUUCAAAACUUUGCAAUUUGAAGAGUCUGCGAAAAUUCCAGUGAAGCCAGUGCGUAGGGAUGCACAGCCAACUAACUUUAAACAAACAUUUCUACGCAUACAUAAGACCUUCGAAAGCACUUCUAAAAGUAAGCUUUACAAUUGCCGUAAGUUCAACGAUUCAAUGACUACGAUUCUAGAACAAACGAAAAUAAAUUCAUCUGAACUCCUUUUUCAAGCUGAUAAUGAAACAAUUUUGCGAUCAGAUGAUACUGGGAUACGUUCAAGCAUCACUUACAAUUCUCAGCAGUCAUUACCUUCGAUGGAUCAAUAUUGUUUCACGAAUGUGAAACUUAUAAUGAACAAUCCUUUCAAAGGGAGGGAAAAUUUUCAAUUGCAUAUCAAAGACGCAAAAAACUUAAUGAGUAAAGAGUUUUAUCAACAAGUUGAAAAUUAUAAUUCUCUCGGCUGUAACAAUAGCCAUUUACGCGAAGUACAGUCAAAAUCUCGAUGUGAACCAAGACGGAAAUAUAUAAGCUUAUUUUGUGAGCAAAGUUUAACAACUAAGCCGUCAUCUACGGUGAUAAAUACUAUUAAAUGCUUUCUACAGUCGUUGCCAAAAACAGUGGCCUCCACAACUCAUGAUUGGCUACCUGCAUUAAGUAAUCUGAACACCACAACACUAUCAUCGUCAACGCCAAUAUCAAUCAAUUCACAAGAGUCUCGGGUGCUGUCGAACACCUACACCAACUCGGUGAUGAUGAGCUCAUGGACUGAAAAUGCAUAUUCUUGGUAUUUAGCUGCAACAAAUUCAACGAUUAAUUUGUCUUCCGACAAUUUACUUCUGCCGCUUGUAACCGGUGUGACUUUUGUUAAUACCAGCAUUUCUAAUGACCUUAUAUCUCAUUCUCCUAAAGGCUUCGAUUGGAGUUUUUUAUUUGUGACAUUUUUUAUAUUUGCUGGUGGCGUGGGAAAUAUUCUGGUCUGCUUGGCAGUAGCUUUAGACCGACGUUUACAAAAUGUCACCAACUACUUUUUAUUCUCAUUGGCCAUAGCUGAUCUUCUAGUUAGUUUGUUUGUAAUGCCAAUGGGCGCAAUACCUACAUUUUUAGGUUACUGGCCAUUGGGUCUUACCUGGUGCAAUAUUUAUGUUACAUGUGAUGUACUAGCCUGUUCCUCAAGCAUACUGCAUAUGUGUUUUAUUAGUUUGGGACGUUAUUUAGGAAUUCGUAAUCCCCUUGGUUCAAGACAUCGCUCUACGAAACGCUUAGCGGGAAUGAAAAUUGCCAUUGUGUGGUUAAUGGCGAUGAUUGUGUCCAGUUCCAUCACUGUUUUAGGACUUGUGAACGAGAAGAAUAUCAUGCCGCAAGUGAAUGUCUGUGUUAUAAAUAAUCGUGCAUUCUUUGUAUUUGGUUCAUUGGUUGCCUUUUAUGCACCCAUGGUUAUGAUGAUAAUAACUUACGCCCUAACAAUACCAUUGUUACGAAAAAAAGCACGUUUUGCUGCGGAGAAUCUCGAAAGUGAUUUAUUUCGCCGUUUGGGCGCACGUUUUCUAGCACGCCAUCCACAGCAACAACAGACGCAAUGCUACAGCUUUGACUCGAAUAACACCUUCAAAAAAUACGAGAUUGUUACAAAUCACAAUUGCAACUUUAACAAUAAAUAUGAGAAACACCACCUUCAGUGCCAGCAAAUUUAUGCAAAUCGUUGUUUAUCAGCGGUGCUAGUGGAUGGUGACAACAACGGCACUGGCCGGGGCGAAAGUAGUGAUAGUGAUGUGGCUAGGAUUUCUAGUUCACACAAAAAAUAUUUACGUUACGACUCGCCGUCUGCAACGUUUACAAGCCUUAAACCGCUUGUAUUAAAUAAAGCUGAUAUACAAACAUCUACCUCACUGCUUCAAUCGCAGCCGACCACCCAGCAGCUCAACAACCUUCGGCGUAUGCAUGCUGGUAAUGCAAAUCUGAUGGAUAGUCAUUUAAAUGAAAGGACUUUAGUAAAUGUAAACAGGCAAAGCACAAGAUUAGACUUCUCAAUUGGCUCCAUAGGCGAUAGUGAUGGAAAUGUUAAUAAUAAAAACAGCUUUACGCAAGUGCCGAGGGUUAUGCGCUCGUCUUUGUGUGAGACCAAAUUAAGUUUACACGGAAAUGAACUUAAAGAUAAUGACCAAACAAAUACACAAAUAAAGGAAACUGUGCCCAUUUCAACAUUAACCGGUGAUAAAACUGUUAGCGCUGUUGUUAGUCAACGUCUCGACCAAGCAUACCAGACGCAGCAAUUAAAUAAACAAUGCGAGCAAAAUAUACAUACGAAUAGCGAUAUCACGCAUUGUCGUAAAUUGAAAUCAUUUAAAUUAAAUGUAAACAAAGUAGCAACGCCAAAGCUACACUUACGAUUCCUUAAUAACCGUAAUAAACGUAACAGUCUGUCGGCUAACGCUGUAGCCACCGAGCAGAAAGCCACGAAAGUUCUAGGCUUAGUUUUCUUUACUUUCGUUUUGUGCUGGUCACCCUUCUUUAUUUUAAAUAUUGUUUUUGCCGCCUGCCCCGAUUGCGAAGUACACGGACAAAUAGUAAACACCUGUUUGUGGUUGGGCUAUGUAUCCUCUACAAUAAAUCCCAUUAUAUAUACCAUAUUCAAUCGAACAUUUCGUGCAGCAUUCAUUCGCCUACUCAAGUGUAAUUGUGAAAGAACUGCACGUGCUACGCGUUUUCGAUCGGCAAACCAAGGCCGUACUGAUCUAAGUGUAUGCGCUCCAUCUGCCUUGCCAUUAGCUAUUAGCUUUGAAGGCGCCCCGCUUAUGGCAGCCGCGGCAGCUGGUGAAACCUCAGCAUCUUCCACAUCAAUAUCACUAACAACUUAUGCUACUACUGCUUCAUUAAGUGAUUUUCGCUCCACCUGCAAUAUAAAAGAUGAUAAAUGCUAGUAUGUCAAACCCAAUAUACUUUAAUAUUCGCGGAGAAAUUAUGGAAAACCAUCAUAGCUUUUAUUCAUAAUUGUUGUUGCAUUGUUCAUAUGUGUUUCAGUUUUUUAGGGAUUAGAAAAAGAGUUAAAAUAAUAUAAAAUAUAAAACAGGGUAA